UUGGUGGGGUGUAUCGGCAAUAAAGGAAGUGAACAUGCCGUAUGUUGGAAUUUGGACGAUGACGGCUUAGAGGUCAAGAUCAUUAAGCCUAUAAAAAAAGAGAAAUGCACAAUCGUGUCACAAGAGGGUGAUGUCCUGGAUCAGUUCUAUCGACUGACGAAUAAAGAUGGCAAAGAAAUUGGAAGUAACUUCGGCAAAAAGCCAUACACAUUCACGUUAGGAAGAGGACAAGUGAUUCCGGGGAUGGAUCGAGCCAUGACUGGCAUGUGCAUUGGUGAAAAACGCAAAAUCGUCAUACCGGGUCAUCUUGGCUUCGGUGACUCUGGACGAGGAAGGGACAAUAUCGAGAAGGACCAGACGUUGUACUACACUGUGCAGCUGGUGGAUCUGUUCAGAGCGGUUCCUGGCAAGAAGUGGGAGACUGACGAGGGAAUCAUCAUCGAGGUGACGCACAAAAUAGACGAGGAUAAAUGUCGCAAAGCGGAGACUGGAGACACCAUUCACCAACAAUACAUCCUUCAUCUCGAGGAUGGUACAUUUGUGGACUCGUCGUUUUCCCGCAAUGCUCCUUUCAUUUUCCAGCUUAACAGAGGAAAAGUGAUCAAAGGCAUGGAUAUCGCAAUGACUGGCAUGUGCGAAGGUGAACGUCGUAAAGUGAUCAUUCCCUCGGAAUACGGUUAUGGCGAUGAUGGACGACCACCCCAGAUUCCUGGAAAGGCACGACUUUACUUCGACAUCACACUGGAGAAGCUCAUAAAAAAGGAUGAGCUAUGA